AUGAUAACUCGAUUUGAGUAAACAUUAAGCAGAGCUCAAUAUUCAAAGACUUUGUCACCCGAGAGGAAUGGGUAUAAAAGAUGGAUUGAUCCAAACUUUACAAGCAAUAUCUCUGUUAUCGAGAGAAAUAAAUUCUCUAGUUAGCGAUUUAAGUUUGACAAGAUUUAUCUUAAUUACUAGACUAACUCUGAUGUUUAUAAAGACUCCUGCAAAGUUAUUAUAGAUAGAGUAAUUGAGGGCUACCAUGGAACAAUAAUGGCAUACGGUUAAACAACCUCUGGCAAAACACAUACAAUGAUUGGGAAGAAUCAAGAUGGAAUAUUUUUCCAUGCUAUAACUGAUAUUUUAAAAUACUCUUAAUCGAAAUUUAAUGAAAGAGAUAUCUCUGUUAUGAUUAGUUAUAUGGAAAUCUACAAUGAAGUAUGUUAUGACCUUUUUAACCCUAAGAGCAAAAAUCUUACGAUUGUGGAUGAUAGAAUGAAUGGCUUCAAGGCAAAAGAACUUACAUAUGCUAAAGUAGAAACACUUGAAUAAGUUAGCAAACUUAUGAAAUUAGAGAAUAAAGAAAAAUAUCAUCAGUUAUACAAAUAAGAAAACAACUUCUGUUCAAUCUUAAACAUAGUUGACCUAGCUGGUUCUGAAAGAUUGACAGAAGUGGGAUUUGAUUAAAUUAUAGAAACUAAGCAUAUUAACAAAUCCUUGUCAACCUUGGCCAAAGUUAUAAAAUUACUAUCUGAAUAGAAUUAAUUUUAUAUUCCCUAUAGAGAAAGAAAAAUGCUGGACUCUAAUAAAAUAAUCAAUGAAAAUGAAAGAAUACCAAAUUCCAUUUAAUUGAAAAUGCUCAAUUAAAUAAAAAAUUUACAGAAUAAUUAUGAAAAAAAGAAAGAAAAAUAGGACUAGAAAAACCAACUCUUCAAUCAUUUAUAAUCUCCUCAGAAUGCCAAUAAUGAUAGCAUUAAUACAAAUUCUAAUCAAUAGUAAUAGAAAGUACUAAUAUUAGCUAAAGUUUCACACUAACUUCCAAAUUUAGUGGAUAAUGAAGAUUAAAUAAUAUCUCAACUUCUUGAUAAUAUUUACUUAAAGUAGAAUCAGUAAAUCAAUAGAAUUUAAAGUGAAAACCUCUGUCAUACUUUUAUGAAUGAUUUCGCCCCAAAAAGAAAUGAUGAAAACUUCAAAUAUGUACAAAUCUAGUUAAAGAAUAGCAGCAUUGAAAUUAUGCAGCAAAUUUAUGAAACAGAAGAGUAAAAAAUGAGAUAAAGUGCUAUUGAUCCAAUUAAAACUGGUGGUGUUAUAAGAGGUAUGUUCUACAAAGAGAAGAAUUAAUUGACGAAUCAAUCAAAUCAUUCAGCAUCUUCUAGUUUUAAUGUAUUACCAGAUAUGUUAUGA